AGCAUCUCGAAACUUCAUUGUUCAUGGAUGCGCGAAAAAAUCAAUACUUUCUCUCUUGCUUGGAAGGCUGCCAAUACUGGCUUCAUACCUACGUUUUGAAAAUUAAGUUAAAAAUAUCUGUUUAUGAAGUUAGUUGAAAUUUAUAACCCUGUUCAGGAUAAAAAUAGUAACAAUUAAAAAACAGUGUUUAAAUUUCCCCCAAAGACGCUACAUCUAGCAACAGUGGAAAUCAGCUAACAUACAAGCCACGUGAAGUGUAAAGUACAGACAGUGCUUAGAGGCGAAAGAAUUAUGCCAUCUGUAGGAGAAAUCGGAUUUGCCACGUUGCCAGAACAAAUCCACAGAAAGUCAGUAAAAAAAGGCUUCGACUUUACGAUGAUGGUGGUUGGGGAGUCCGGACUUGGAAAAUCAACACUUAUCAAUAGCUUGUUUCUGACAGAUCUUUACAAAGAAAGAAAAAUUUUAAAUGUUGAAGAAAAAUUAGACAGAACAGUUGAUGUAGAAAAAAAGACCAUGGAGAUUGAGGAAAAAGGAGUCAAACUGAAACUCACAAUAGUGGACACACCUGGGUUUGGGGAUGCUGUCAAUUGUGAAGAAAAUUGGAUGGUGAUAGAAAAUUAUAUUACUGAUCAGUUUAACCAGUUCUUCAAAGAUGAGAGUGGACUAAACAGAAAAAAUAUAGUGGACAAUAGGGUUCAUUGUUGUCUCUAUUUCAUUCCUCCUUGGGGACAUGGGCUUCGACCCUUGGAUAUUGAAUUCAUGAAACGCCUGCAUCAGAAAGUAAACAUUAUUCCUGUAAUAGCAAAGGCAGACACACUUAACACUAAUGAAAUCCGUAGACUAAAGGAUAAGAUCUUACGUGAACUGGAAGAAAAUGAGGUUCAUGUUUACCAGCUACCUGAGUGUGACAGUGAUGAAGAUGAUGAGUUCAAACAGCAAGAUAGAGAGCUAAAACAAAGUAUUCCAUUUGCUGUGAUUGGUAGCACACAGGUUGUAGAGGUAAAUGGCAGGAGAGUGAGAGGACGUAUAUAUCCCUGGGGUAUUGUAGAAGUGGAGAAUCCUGUCCAUAGUGACUUUCUUAAGCUACGCACAUUUUUAGUAAGCACCCACAUGCAAGACUUGAAAGAUGUCACUCGUGAUGUGCAUUAUGAGAACUAUCGUGCGCAGUACUUAACUAAAAUAUCCCAACAAUCAGCACGAGAAAGAGGGAAACUUAGAAGAGAUUCUAAACCUUGUGAGGAAUCAGCUGUAGAAACAGACUGGUUGUUACAGCAGAAAGAGGAAGAGAUUCGUCGAAUGCAGGACAUGUUGAACCAAAUGCAACAGAAAUUGAAAGCAGCAGGCAGAGAUAGCAGUGAAAACGGCACUGAUUCUGACAGUAGGAAGGACACUGAAAGUGUGGACAUUUAAUUUCUCUUAUUAGUAGCGCUAUAGGCAUUUUGCAGUCUUCAGUAUAAAGCAAGUGUUGGAUUGACAAAAAGUUGACAUUUGUAUACAUUUCAUUUUUCUGAAAUAUCUGGACCUUAAUGGAAAGUUCGCGUUUUGAUAGACAUGAUAUUAUUUUAUGUAUAUUAAUAGUGCGUUAUUAUAUUUAUAAGAACACAGAUCAUUUGUUUAGUUAUAUUUUACUUUUAUUUAUUAUUGCAAUGGUAAACAUUUCCUAUAUGGUCAACAGAUGGCAGUGUUCAUUUCAGAUUUUAUAAUGAAAGUGAAAUUUUAGGGUAUUAAUGUGAUCAGUAAUGUAAUGAAAAGUCAAAACAGCAUGAACUUUUCUUUAUUUUUAAUAUUUUAUUAGAAACCUAUUUUAUUCAUAUGGUUAACCAAUGAAUUUUAUGUUUUAGAGAAGAAAACAGAAUGAAAAUUCAACCUUACUCAAAUAUAUUCAUUAACUUAGUUAUUGAUGUUAGUGUUUUAAAUAACAUUUCUUCAUGAUGCUCUCCUUUCUUGAGUAUUGUUACACUGCAUAAUUAAUUAUGUCAUUCAGCCAAAUUACACAUAAUUAGCUGUACUGUAAAUGAAAGUAAAUUCAAAUUUGUUCAAUUUAUCAGUAGUGUUAAGUUAAUUUGAUAUAAUAUUUUAUAUAAUUUAUUAUUUGAAACGGUUACUUUUUUUUCCUACUUUGGGGUGAAAAAAUUACUUAAUUAACAUAUAACGAAAAUAAUACUACUGGCGUGUAAUUAGCGAUGACUUAUGUUUGCAACUCCUUUGAGGUAAUAUUAGUAAUUUACAAUUAGAAUCAGAAAUCUCUAUAUUGUAGAUCUCAACAUUUAAUGUUAAUAAGUCGUAUUUCUACCGUAUUAAGUAGAAAAGUGUAAAACAAGUUGGUUUGGAAUGAAAUUUCCCCAGGAAAAAACAAAUUUUAUUACUUAAAAAAAUCCCAAGAUAAUUUUAUAAUAGUUCACAAACAAUCGUGAAAUUGGCGAAAAUUAGUCAAGUCGCACUCAGUAUGAAACUUGAACUGCCAGAUCAAGCGAAAUGUUUUUUUCUAAGAUUAGACUCGUUUUUUUUCCCUCGACUUUUUCAAUAUUUUAAACCCAUAGAAAUAAUAAUAACUAGAAAAUAAUCAAUUAGUUUUUCUUAUGUACCUGUGACCUUGAUUUUUAUGCUCAUUUGAGUUCUUAAAGACAUCGUACAAAAAUAUUUCUCUUACUCUCUUCCAUCAAAACUUAAUAUAUUAGAAUAAUUUGACAUCUACACAUGUUAAUAUUGUAUCACUCCAUGAAUAGAUAUAUAAAACUAUACAGAUUUUUUCAAACUGUAACAGAAAAAUGUAUUUAUUUUUUGUGUAAUACCAGAGCAUAAUAAUAUAGAAUAUUACUAAUGCAGUAGUGAUUUAAAUGAUUAUUUUUUCCACUUUUUUUUUCUAUUUUAUUUUAUUACAAUGUUUCUAUAUUCUGAAUAAAAGUAUUCUUUUCAGGGUAAUUGAAAAUUCAAUAGAACAGAACUCGUCUGCAUAUUGCUUGUAAUCGUCUACCAUGCUUAGGAUUAGAAGUAGUCUCUGAAAGUCAACUUUUUAUCAUAACUCGGAUAUUAUCUUAAAGCAAGUGUAGGCAUUUAUAUUUGUAAAAACAUUAUCUAAUCCUUUUUGUUUGCACAACUAGACAAUUGUGUAAUUUCGUGUCAUUGAUCAGAAUUGUUUUCUCAAUGUUUUUUCAUUAAAGGAUUUUAUUAAUUCAGUUUUUUCCAGUUUUCUUGCAUCUUGAAGUUUUGUUUAAGUUGUAAAACCAACAUGUUUUAUCUAUAUCUGCAACUCCUGUUUUGUUCAAGUUUGGCUGAGAGUAUAUUUAAAAAUGUCACAACAUGAUACAGUUAACAUUGUUCAUAUUUAUUGGUUAACUAAUUAGUUAACCGGCCAAAUGGUUAAUUUAUCCUUUCUCAGUUUAUUAAAAGAAAAACAAACUAGCAGAUAUUCAUAAUUGUUGAAUUUCCAGGAGUAAUUAUCUCCUUUCAUUAUUCUUAGAACUUUUUUUUUAACUUUAAUGUCUUAUCUUUUUCCAGUUCCAUUAAGAAUAAUGAUGGAUAUUUUAAGGCGAAGGUUUAAAAAUUAUACGUUAUUGAUUUUUUCAGCAAUUGUUUAAUUUGUCACAGAAGCUGUAUGCUGAGCUAGAAUACUAAAGAAAAAGAAACUGUUUGAGCCAGUAACGUUUUUUUGUGCCAAAUACAUACAAAUAUUCGAAAGUUUCUUAAUCAAGCAAGAAAUAAAAUAAUUAUUUUAUAAUAUUGCACCGCUGCUUCGAUAUUAAGUUGGACUUGUAUUACUUUUAUAAUAAUAGGUAUAAUUUUUUCUUGUGGGGCUAUCAAAUAAUAUACUAAGCUUAUCACAGAAAUACUGUAAAUUUUAUAGGAUUCCAUAAAGUUGAAUCUUAACAUACCAAUAACUUAUUUUCAAUAGGUACUUGUAUUUUUUAAAGUGUAACUUUAAGACUACUGUUGCAACGACACGCUUUCCGUAGCGCGAAACGUCAUCGGUCAGUGUAAAUUAGAUUAUCUGCUUUUAAGCCUAUUUUAUUCUAACCCGAAUAAUCUAGGCGUUAUGUUCCGACGUUCUGCAUUAAAGAAGCAAUCGGAGAGCGGCGGAAUAUAACGACUAAAUUAGUCGGGUAAAUUUCUUAUUAGUACGAUAAUUAUUAUGAUGGUAAAAAUGUAUGAAAAUAUUCUAUGGAGGUUUGGAAAUUAACUAUAUAUUUGAACAAUCUAUAACUACUCUAAAUCCACUCAACAGAUGAUGAUAAUGACAAAACCUUGUCGAAACGUUGUACAUUUGCUGUUAUGUUAAACUUGUAUUAAAGUUUUUUCAUUACCCAUUCAAGCCGUCUCCAACCAUUAUUAGUCUCAAAGUGGAUUCCUCGUCAUCGAAGAUAGUUAUAUUCUUUCUAGGGAUAAGACAAUUUAAACACUAAGCUAUUCAAAAUAUUGAAAGAUCAGAAAUUAUACACCUCUUGAAAUGACAACUGCUAUAAAUAAAUAAAUAAUAUUCAGUUUUAUUCGUUUAUUAAAAUAUAGUAAUUCGAAGUUCGGUAAAACACUUAAUAUCAUGUCUUUUUUUUCGUGGCCUUAAAGAUACAAAAGUAAAAUAGCUGUUAUUAAUGCUUUAGUUAAUAGUUACGAUGGAAGGAAGUAUUCUUAACAUAAAAAAUUCCAGCUGCCAAGAAUCGUCACUAAUUGUAACCAUAAAAGACAAGUAUAAAAUAUUUUCACGACCAGACAGACCAAUAGUUUGUUGCAGGAAGGUUCUGUUAAGUUAGUUCAUCAUAGAGUUUGUUAGUUAAAUUAUAUCUGUUUUUCUGAAACUAAUUUAAUAAAAUUCCGUGAAGAGUAGUUAUGGUAUAUAUGUAAAAGUGUGUAAGCUAAAAAUAAUAUAUUAGCGUGCAUUUUUUCAUGAACAGGAAGCGAGUUUUUAACUCGCAAAUUAGGAGUUAGUAAUAAUUAAAAUAUUGUUUGUAGUACUUAAAUUGGCCGUACAGUAUUUUACUGAAAUGUUGAGGUUUCAAGCGUGAGAAGCAUCGCAAAUGGGAUAUCGUAGAGCGUAUUUCAAGCGCCGGAUAACGUCUUUUUGUAUAGGGUCAAACCAUGAAACUGUUGAUUUACAUCCUUGUCUUUACAUUGUAUUUAUUUUGUAAUUUUGUAUCUAAAAAAAUAAAAAGUGCUGAUUUAGUUA